GCGCACAGAGCACUUUCUGUGCCAGGCGAGCCGCGAGUCUAUGGUGCUGGGGGACCGCGUGCCUGGGGCAGGCGUGGCCCCGCAGGCGCUGGGCGAGCAGCGGCCCCGCUGACGGCUACGGCUCCGGUCCCGGUAGCGGCGCGGCGAGCACCAUGCUGGCCACCCGGUUGUGCACGAUGAGGAAGCUUCCUUCUGUUCUGGCUAGGACACUCGCUUCUGGGACCAGUGGCUCCCCAGUGCUUCCUGACAUGUCUGAAGGACACUUACCCAUUCAUGUGAAUAAUGUGCGGAGCAGAUUGAGGGAUAUAGUGGGAGCAUCUACCAACUGGAGGGAUCAUGUGCAAGCAAUGCAAGAAAGAAAAGCUCUUCAUGCUUUACUGGCAAAACGGCAGGAAGAUCUCCCUCCUAGGAGAAUGAAGGAUAGCUACUUGGAAGUUAUUCUACCUCUAGGAAGUCAACCUGAAAUAAGAGAAAAGUACCUGAAUGUACACAACAGUGUAAGGUUUGGAAGGAUACUUGAAGAUCUUGACAGUUUAGGAGUUCUUAUUUGCUACACUCACACCAAGCAGGAAAUGCAGCCAAGGUCUCCCUUAUCAAUAGUUACAGCUCUGGUGGAUAAAAUCAAUUUGUGCAAGAAGAUUAUAUAUCCAGACUGUGACAUCAAAUUCACCGGCAAUGUUUCUUGGGUUGGGAGGACCUCGAUGGAAGUGAAGAUGCACAUGCUGCAGCUACAUGAUGGUGAUUACAGCCCUGUGUUAGAUGCAACCUUUGUCAUGGUGGCCCGGGAUCCAGAGAAUAAACGGCCAGCAUUUGUUAAUCCACUUGUUCCUGAGAGCCCUGAGGAAGAAGAAAUCUUCAAGCAAGGGGAAUUGAACAAGCUGAAGAGGAUUGAUUUCAGCACUGCUUCCUUACUGAAGAUGGCUCCCACUGCAGAAGAAAGAAACAUCAUUCAUGACAUAUUCCUUAAUACAUUGGACACAAGGACAGUAAGUUUCCGGAGUCGUAAAUUACCACCCAAUUCAGUGUGGAUGGAAGAUGCAAAGCUAAAAGGCCUACAGAUUUGCCACCCUCAGGAACGGAACAUCUUCAAUAGGAUCUUUGGGGGUUUUCUCAUGAGAAAGGCGUUUGAACUGGGAUGGGCAACUGCUUGCAGCUAUGGGAGUUCCAGACCUUUUAUCGUAUCCGUUGACGAUAUCAUGUUUCAGAGGCCAGUUGAGAUUGGAUCCUUGUUACUGCUUUCUGGACAGGUCUGUUACACAGAAAAAAACUACAUCCAGGUUCGAAUACACAGUGAGGUUUAUGAUGCAGAUACCAGGGAGCACCAGACAACCAAUAUCUUCCAUUUUACAUUUGUAUCAGAAAAUGAGGUCCCACAGGUUGUCCCCAAAACUUAUGGAGAGUCCAUGUUGUAUUUAGAUGGGAAGCGACACUUCACUGCAAUCAUGAAAGAAAUCUGACACACACUGACUGCUGCAUCAGCAGCGUAGCAGCAUGCUGUCUUGGAAAGAGUUGUCACCAGAGAUGGCUAACAGACAGGUGCUUGCAGUACUAAAAAAAACCCACACCAAAACAAUACCCCAAACCCUACAACAAAAAAUACCUUUUUAGUGCAAUUUAUGUAUUGUGUAUGUUUGGAUUUUUUAUUCUCUGCUACUAGGAUUUGUUGAAAUCUACUUUUACAUGCUGAUGCUAGGAAAAAAGGCUGAAAAAGUACAAUCUUAAGCUUUAGAUAGCUUCUCUUUGUCCGGUUUGAGAGAUCUCAUUACAACCUUUGCUGUCUUGUCACCAUGGGCCUUCUUUCCCUCAGUAGCUCUCCUUUGUGUUUCCCUGAUAAGGGAUUAUUUGUUAUUAUUAUUCUUAUUCUGUUCUAGCAGAAAAAUGUGUGCAAUAAGUAGAUACACACAGACGAAACCAUUUGACCUACAUUCUUGUGUAAAUUAGGU